CAUGUUUUUCAAAUCUGCAAAGAAGCAGUAGAAGGUCAAUAAUUACCCAGCAGCGCUUUCCUCAACGCAAAGUCUCUCCUUGGUAACUCCUCCGGUCCCUCCAGUGUGCCUCAGCUGAGUCCAGGCAGAAAUGAUGGAAACACUGCAGGUCCUCCGAGGUUCACUGCUGCUGCUGCUGCUGGUUGCAGGUGUUUGCAUUGAGGGGUACAAGCCGGUCAUCAUUGUCCACGGCCUGUUUUCUGGACCAGAAGAGUACCAUACACUGAUUGAUAACAUCAAAAAGGCGCAUCCAGGCACUGAAGUGAAUGCAAUCUCCUUGUACAACUAUGCUGAAAGUACGGUACCACUGAAGGAGCAGGUCAAAGGCUUCACGAAGGUCUUAACCGACAUCAUGAACAAGAAUCCUGACGGCAUCCAUCUUUUGUGCUAUUCACAAGGUGGUGAAAUUUGUCGAGGUCUUCUCUCCACCAUUCCAAACCACAACGUGGACACCUUCAUUGCACUGUCAUCCCCACUGGCUGGACAAUAUGGAGCAACAAAGUUCCUCAAGUGGUUGGUUCCCAAGAAGUGGGUGUAUCUUAUCUGCAACACAGUUGGAAGCAAAAUAUCUAUUUGCGACUACUGGAAGGACCCUCACCAUAUGACUGACUACUUGAAGAACAACCAAUAUCUGACACUGCUUGAUGGUGAAAAACCUAACAAAGACAUGGAAGCAUGGAGGAACAACUUCCUGCGCCUCAAGAAGCUGGUGCUGAUUGGAGGACCAGACGAUGAAGUCAUCACACCGUGGCAGUCCAGCCACUUUGGAUUCUACGACAGCAAUGAACGUAUCGUUGAAAUGAGAAACCAGGAGUUUUACAAGAAGGACAAAUUUGGGCUGAAGACGAUGGACGAUCGUGGCGACGUGUCGGUUUGUGUUCGAGCUGGUGUGAGGCACUUGAAAUGGCACUCUGACCAGGCAGUGUUCAACAGCUGCAUUGAGAAAUGGCUCACAUGAAAACCAGGUGUUGAUAUGAGGUAGAAUCCUACUGAGGAUCAAUACAGCUUGCAGAUGCUGUUAUGCUUGUUAAUGCAAAAGAAGAAAAGAGCAAUCAUUUUAACUGCUGCUUUUGUUAUGCUCUUGAUCCCCACCAUGAAGGUCACUUCACUCAUUUGAGCAAAACUUUGCUAAUUUUACUGAUAGUUCAUGCUAGUGGGUAGAUGGCCAUGAUCAUAGUACACAAACAAGAUUAAUAACUUUGAAACUCAUAGCAUCAUCAAGUCAAUAUUUCAACGUAUCACAUAGUUAAUGACUUAUAAAACAAAGUAGGUCUCUUAAAAUUAAAGUUUUUGGUGUAAAUGAAACAUUUUAAACAUGUGUUUUUGAGUCUGACUGAAAAAAAAAACACAGGAAGAAAAACUUUCCCUGAAUCUCUACAGUGAGUGAGUGAGUGUAAAGUUAGAACGACCCACAGAUCUACAAGAAACAAUAAUGGGAAAUACAGCAGGUUGAAAAAACCACUCCUCUCUCAGUACAACUGAGAAAGUCUUGAGCAUCAAAAGUUAAUUUGGUGCCCUGUUAACACGCUGAUGUUAGUAUUAAGCUCCAAACACCACUGUGCCUUACAGAGCUCCUGGCAUGGCUGCUUUUAUUGUAGAUUGACAACAAUAUAUACAUAAAAACAAUAAAAAAAAUAGAAUCACUCAAAAGCACAACACCUAUCAUAUUUAGUUUUUGCUUCCCUCUAUGAAGAUGGAGACAGAUAUUUUCAAUUUUUCUUGAUAGACUAUAACUGAUGUUUCGCCUUGUAAAGCGUUUUAGUGGGUUAAAGCAGUCGUGCCGGACUUUUACAUAGAAAUGAAUUACAUUAAAGACAAAUUAAUUUACACAAUGUUGAUUAAGCCUUUCAGUGCCUGGUGAAUCUUUCUGUAUUUCACAGUAUGUUGGGGUUUUAAAUGGCGUUUCUGCAACAUUUAUGAACAUUUACAGAAAUUGCAACAACAAAGGAGAUAGAGUAGCAUGAAGAACAUAGGAAGCAUCCAACAAAAGUCUCUGAUGCUCCAGAUUGAAAAGAAGCUCAACAUUCACAGGAAGGAUUUAAGUGUAUUUAAGGAAGCAACAGCAAGAAAUAAGCUCUCACAGUGUUUCUGUAUUUACUCUCAUUGCCACAAAGGGGAGAGAAAAGUUCCACAAUGCAGAUUGAAAUUGCUCAAGUUAAUCCCUUUAUCAAACAAUGAAAUACAUUUAGUUUCCAGUAGCAGGUCUAUUUCAUUAAAAGAAGCAGAUUUUAGAUUGAGUGAAGCCCGGUUUGUUUUUACUUUCUUCUCAACUAAAUCAGUGUCUUUCAUAAGCAAGUGUUCUUAGAAACAUCCUCAAAUAUUAGUGCCGUAGUCUGAGGUGACUGUGAGCCAUGCAUGAGGGCGAUGGUCGAUCUGUUGCUGCUCUCUGCUGGACAUUUGAGGUAUUUUCUGUGAAUGAAAACUAUUGCACGCUGCCACAGCAAAUGCAACAUGAUGCACAGUGUAUUCUAUGUGUAUUAAAGGCUUUUGGCAAAAUUCA